GCGUAAUGAUGGCAAGCAGCUGUCAGCAGCGGAUACACAGGACCAGCACAGACUACAGAGCAGCAUACUUCAUAUGCAUACUUAAUACUCUCCGCACAAGAGUUCAGAGAUGGGAGACAAAGCGGGGACCAGAGUCUUUAAGAAGUCCAGCCCCAACUGCAAGCUCACAGUUUAUCUAGGGAAGCGGGACUUUGUUGAUCAUUUAGACCAUGUAGAUCCAGUAGAUGGAGUGGUCCUUGUUGACCCAGGGUAUCUGAAAGAUCGAAAAGUGUUUGUGACUCUGACGUGUGCAUUUUGUUACGGUCGGGAGGACCUGGAUGUCUUGGGCCUUUCCUUCAGAAAGGAUCUGUAUGUCCACACCAUCCAGGCUUUCCCUCCCCAGCUGGUGGAGAAAAAGCCUCUGAGCUGCCUGCAGGAGAAGCUGAUGAAGAAGCUGGGUCAGCAUGCCUACCCCUUCAGUUUCACUAUCCCCCAGAACUUGCCCUGCUCAGUGACCCUCCAGCUGACCCAAGAGGACUUUGGGAAGGCAUGUGGCGUGGACUAUGAACUUCGAGUGUUCUGUGCAAAGACUGUGGAGGAAAAGAUCCACCAAAGGAACUCAGUGCAUCUGGUGAUCCGGAAGGUUCAGUACGCACCAGAGAAGCCGGGUCCACAGCCGAUGGUGGAGACCAGUCGCAGCUUCCUGAUGUCUGAUAGAUCUCUGUACUUAGAGGCCUCACUGAAUAAGGAGCUGUACUACCAUGGUGAGCCCAUCAGUGUUAAUGUCCACGUCACCAACAACUCCAACAAGACUGUCAAGAAAGUGAAGAUUUCUGUUCGUCAGUAUGCUGAUAUCUGUUUGUUUUCCACGGCUCAGUACAAGUGUCCAGUAGCCCAGGUUGAAGCAGAUGACCUGGUUUCUCCUAGCUCCACCUUCUGCCAGGUCUACACUCUGACCCCAGUGCUGGCUAACAACAGGGAAAAGAGAGGCCUGGCCUUGGAUGGAAAGCUAAAGCAUGAAGACACCAACCUGGCCUCCAGCACCAUAGUAAAAGAGGGGACCAACAAGGAGAUGAUGGGGAUUGUGGUUUCUUACAGAGUUAAAGUCAAACUGGUGGUGUCUCGUGGAGGAGAUGUAGCAGUGGAACUUCCUUUUGUCCUGAUGCAUCCCAAACCUACAGACCAGCCCUACUCCAAACCCCUGUCAGAUGCUGAAGCUCCUGUAGAUGCAAACCUCAUAGAGUUUUGCAUGAAUACUUCCCCUCAGGUUGAAGACUUUGUGUUUGAAGACUUUGCCCGUCUGUGGUUAACAGGGACGAAAGAUCACAAGAGUGAGGAUGACCCCUUCUGUUAGCUCAUCCUACUUAGCCAGCAGGGUUACUUGAAGGUUACAGGACACCUCAACCCCAGAGGCCAAGGAAAAGAAGAAAAAAACAAGUGAUAUGAGGACCAAAUAGCCAGACUCCUGCAGACAGCCCUCUGCAGAAUUCUUCCCCCCUGCUUUAAUUGUACCAUUUAUUGUGUCUGGGCCACUAGAAGUACAUGUUGUUAAAGUAGCAAUCCACCAAACCAAGUUUUCUGUCUUACUGCAAAUCAUACUGGUUGCAUGUGUAUAAACAGAGAUGGACAGUGCAUCAGGCAACUGUACUGUAAAUUUAGCAUGUGUCUAGCUAAAUGCAGUACAGUCCGAGGUCAGCUGUUUUCUUCGGGUAUCUGUAAAACUGAUAACAAAAAUGUUUUUGUUUUUAGUUAUUUUUGCUAAUGCUUUUCCUAAACAGGUGACAAAAUCUUAUUCUAUAAAUAGAUUUUUAAUGUCUGUUGAAGUGAUAGUAGGUGUUUGAAUCUUGCUUUGGCCUUCAAGUAUAACAUCAGCUUGUCUUUAGUGCACAUAUACAAAAUACACUACUAUUCAUGAAGGAAUGUUUUAUGGUUUAACAUUGUAAACAAAGGUGGGAAGAAAAACAAAUAUUCACUUAUUUUAAACACUUUCAUUCGAGGUGCAAAGUGAAAUCUGUUUCUCCUGGAUACGAACCCAAGUGUAAAUAACCAAAUACAAAGUACAGGAUACUGUCCCAAUUUAGUCUUUCUGACCAUAUCUUGAUUGCAGUUUGUUCUCACUGGAACAUGAAAAAUUAAGCAUAGACUUCCAAUGGCAUCUUGCAGGCUAAAUUCACUCACAUUUUGAGGCAUGGUGUUAAGAUUUAAUUGUGGGAAGUGGUCCAGCUAGGGUGUUUGUUUGGUUCAACACUUUUGUGGUCAGCAGUCUAGAUUAGAGCAUGACUGAUUACUAAUAUAAGUCAACCAGCUGAACAAUCAACCAUAAAUCCACUGGACAGUAUCUUUUUAUCUUGGUCCCCACACAUCUAAUUUGAGCUGUCAGUCAAAACUCUGUUAUUCAUCUGUCAUUUAAUCAAUGAGGAUGCAUGAUUUUUGAUUAUGAAUGUCUGAUUUUUUCCCCAUUGUUACAUGAAAAAAUGUGAGCUAUGUAAAUGUAAGCUGCUACAUCAAUUAUCAUUUAAAAACUUUUCAAGAAUACAGCACACUUCAUGUUCAGUACUUUUUUUAUUUUUAUGAAAAUAAACUUUUCCUCCUGUCAAA